AUGGUUAGGGAUAUUUGGUUUGAUAAACGUCCACACAGUGCUGGCUGUCAUCCUUAUUUUAAGUUCCUUAGUGAUGAACUUUUGCACCAACAAAAUGAGUUAAACAGUUUCAGUGCAAAUGUAUUCGUCAUUGUGCUAAUAAUUUAUGGUCUUUGGAGCCAAAUUUACAAGGGAGCAAGGAAUGAAGAGCGUGGGCCGCAUGGUUGGUGGUAUGGUCAAAAAGUUAGACGACUUCAUGAGUCUUUUGAUUCUUUCUUAUUAAAGGGUCUUGGGUCUUGGUCACAAACGUUUCUACUAAAGUACGUAAGAUUUGUAGUCACCUUUGGGUAUGAUACCUUUUUUUUUUUUUUUGACUGGGAAACAAAUGCCCGAAGGCAGGGUAUGAUACCUUGUAACUUUGAAGUUACAAGUCAUUUUCUCAUUACUGGGUUUCUCAUUUUCUCUUUUUCUCUUUUUAUCGGCAUUACUAUAGUGCAAUUUCUGAGAAAUGGGCUUCAUUUUUUGAGCUUCUCAUUGCGCGCAGGAGUCUCACAGUCAUUAACACCUUUUUUUUUAUUAUUGUUUGAGCUAAUCCCUCAUUGUUUCCGCUCAUUAAGCUCAUGACUACGUUUAUUUGCUAACAUGAUGGCCGGUCAUAGUUCAGUAAAAUUAAGUGGGUCGGCUUUGCUAUGUAUGAAUGACCUUUUAGAUUUCAUAGAAGAUCUUGGUCCUUUAUUUAUAGUUCUUGCAUUAACCAGUCCGGAAUUAGGUGUUGCAACAUCACAAGAUCACAUUUCUGUGAUCUUAAUCUGUAUUUACGUGAAUGAUGCUACAAAUCUCCAUCAAAUUGGUUAUUUAUUUAUACUGAACAACAGCGACGAGCGAAGGGGAAGGGCCAAGAAAGGGGGCAACAGGUACAAGUGUUCUUCUAGUUUAACUGAUACUCCUUCAAUUGCUUGCUUCUUAUGUUAUAAAGUUGUUUUAUUCAGGAUUCAAGUUUCUCUUUUUUCCCUUUGA